UGUAUUUUUAUGUUGUUCUUGCUUGUGUGUUGAGGUUCCAGGUAUACCACAGGAUAUAUAAAACCACCUUUCCUGAUCAGUCUUUAUAGACCAUUUCUGAACUUCUCGGACACUGCCUUUCAACAGGAUGAAGUCUCCCUCUUGCAUUUUUCUCCUUCUCAUCCUCGUCCAGCUGAUGAUCCCAGAGACUGCUCCGUGUUCCUUAGACUCCAUCGUGGAUACAAAGAUAAAAGAAGUUCUCAAUGGCUUGGAGAUAAGUACUUCUCCAGCAAAAAAGAUGACAUGUGUCAGUAUCACAAGCUCAGGCAGACUGUCCUCGUGCCCUGCAGGGACGGUUGUCACUGGCUGUGCCUGUGGCUAUGGCUGUGGUUCCUGGGAUAUCCGGGGAGAAAACACAUGCCACUGCCAGUGCAGCACAAUUGACUGGACCACUGCCCGUUGCUGCCACCUGACCUGAGGUGGAGGAGGAUGAGAACCCAGCUGUGUGACCAUGACUGCAAUGAAACCAUACGCCAAACAGGAAAACUGACUCAAACUGUCCCUUUCAUUUGUUACAACCUGCUUCUUGGGUAGUAAAGACAAUGUUUGCAUCUCUC